CCCAGUGCGUUCCCCGCCGCCCCCGGGGCCCCGCAGGUGCAGAGCGGGACGGGGUGGGGGAAGCGGGAGCGCCGGCGGGGCGGGGCCCGCGGGGGCGGCUGACCGCCCGCCCGGAGGCGGAGAGCGAGGGACAGAGGCGAGAGAGGCGCGUGGAGCCGGCCGCAGCCGCAGCCGGAGCGCGAGCCCGCGCCGCCAUGCCCUUGGCCUUCUGCGGCAGCGAGAACCACUCGGCCGCCUACCGAGUGGACCAGGGCGUCCUCAACAACGGCUGUUUCGUGGACGCGCUCAACGUGGUGCCGCACGUCUUCCUGCUCUUCAUCACCUUCCCCAUCCUCUUCAUCGGAUGGGGCAGUCAGAGCUCCAAGGUACACAUCCACCACAGCACAUGGCUCCACUUCCCAGGGCACAACCUCCGCUGGAUCCUGACCUUCAUGCUGCUCUUCGUCCUGGUGUGUGAGAUCGCAGAGGGCAUCCUGUCUGAUGGGGUGACCGAAUCCCGCCAUCUUCACCUGUAUAUGCCAGCAGGGAUGGCGUUCCUGGCUGCUGUCACCUCCGUGGUCUACUAUCACAACAUCGAGACCUCCAACUUCCCCAAGCUGCUGAUCGCCCUACUAGUCUACUGGACCCUGGCCUUCAUCACCAAGACCAUCAAGUUCGUCAAGUUCUACGACCACGCCAUUGGCUUCUCGCAGCUGCGCUUCUGCCUCACAGGGCUGCUGGUGAUCCUCUAUGGGACGCUGCUCCUGGUGGAGAUCAAUGUCAUCAGGGUGCGGAGAUAUAUCUUCUUCAAGAUGCCACGGGAAGUGAAGCCCCCUGAAGACCUACAGGACUUGGGGGUGCGCUUCCUGCAGCCCUUCGUGAACCUGCUGUCCAAAGGCACCUACUGGUGGAUGAAUGCCUUCAUCAAGACUGCUCACAAGAAGCCCAUUGAUCUCCGAGCCAUUGGGAAGCUGCCCAUUGCCAUGAGGGCCCUAACCAACUACCAGCGGCUCUGCGAGGCCUUUGAGGCCCAGGCGCAGAAGGACUCACAGAACACACAGGGUGCCCGGGCCAUCUGGCAGGCACUCUGCCGUGCCUUCGGGAGACACCUGGUCCUCAGCAGCACUUUCCGCAUCUUGGCUGACCUGCUGGGCUUUGCAGGGCCACUGUGCAUCUUUGGGAUUGUGGACCACCUGCGGAAGGAGAACCGAGUCUUCCAGCCCAAGACUCAGUUUCUCGGGGUUUACUUUGUCUCGUCCCAAGAGUUCCUUGCCAAUGCCUACGUCUUAGCUGUGCUUCUGUUCCUUGCCCUCCUCCUGCAAAGGACGUUUCUGCAGGCAUCCUACUAUGUCGCCAUUGAAACAGGAAUUAACUUGAGAGGAGCCAUUCAGACCAAGAUUUAUAAUAAAAUUAUGCACCUGUCCACCUCCAACCUAUCCAUGGGGGAAAUGACUGCCGGGCAGAUCUGUAACCUGGUUGCCAUUGACACCAACCAGCUCAUGUGGUUUUUCUUCUUAUGCCCAAACCUCUGGGCUAUGCCAGUACAGAUCAUCGUGGGUGUGAUUCUCCUGUACUACAUCCUCGGAGUCAGUGCCUUAAUUGGAGCAGCUGUCAUCAUUCUACUGGCCCCUGUCCAGUACUUUGUGGCCACCAAGCUGUCCCAGGCCCAGCGGAGCACACUGGAAUACUCCAAUGAGAGGCUGAAGCAAACCAAUGAAAUGCUCCGCGGUAUCAAGCUGCUCAAGCUGUACGCCUGGGAGAACAUCUUCCGCACACGGGUGGAGAUCACCCGCAGGAAGGAGAUGACCAGUCUCAGAGCCUUCGCCGUCUACACCUCCAUCUCCAUUUUCAUGAAUACGGCCAUCCCCAUCGCAGCUGUCCUCAUCACUUUCGUGGGCCACGUCAGCUUUUUCAAAGAGGCUGACUUCUCCCCCUCCGUGGCCUUUGCUUCCCUCUCCCUCUUCCACAUCCUGGUCACACCGCUGUUCCUGCUGUCCAGUGUUGUCCGGUCUACAGUCAAAGCUGUAGUCAGCGUGCAAAAGCUGAGUGAGUUCCUGUCCAGUGCAGAGAUCUGCGAGGAGCAGUGUGCUCCCCGGGAGCCGGCACCCCAGGGCCAAGCCAGCAAGUACCAGGCGAUGCCCCUCAAGGUUGUGAACCGCAAGCGUCCAGCCCGAGAGGAUUGUCGGAGCCUCACUGGCCCACUGCAGAGGCUGGCCCCCAGUCCAGAAGGGAAUACUGACAGCUGCUGUGUCCAGAUCAUUGGAGGCUUCUUCACAUGGACCCCUGAUGGAAUCCCCACACUGUCCAACAUCACCAUCCACAUCCCCCGAGGCCAGCUGACCAUGAUCGUUGGGCAGGUGGGCUGUGGCAAGUCAUCGCUCCUCCUAGCCACCCUGGGGGAGAUGCAGAAGAUCUCAGGAGCCGUCUUCUGGAACAGCCUUCCUGACAGCAAGACGGGAGAGGACCCCAGAUGGUACACAGCCCUCUGUGCAGCAGUUGUGGGUCACAGGGAUCAUAAAGGCACGCUCCUGCUGGGUUUGAGGGAGCUCAAAUGUCUAUGGAGAACUCAGUCUACUCACGUGAACUCUGAAGGUACCUCUUUCCUCCCCGGCUGCAGCCCAGAGCGGGAGACAGCGGCUGACCUGGACAUCAGGAAGAGACACCCUGUGGCCUAUGCUUCUCAGAAACCAUGGCUGCUGAACACCACUGUAGAGGAGAACAUCACCUUUGAGAGUCCCUACAACAAACAACGGUACAAAAUGAUCAUCGAAGCCUGCUCCCUGCAGCCAGACAUCGACAUCCUGCCCCACGGAGACCAGACUCAGAUUGGGGAACGGGGCAUCAACCUCUCUGGUGGUCAGCGUCAGCGAAUCAGCGUGGCCCGAGCCCUCUACCAGCAUACCAAUGUCGUCUUUCUGGAUGAUCCCUUCUCAGCUCUGGAUGUUCAUCUGAGUGACCACCUGAUGCAGGCUGGGAUCCUUGAGCUGCUCCGGGAUGACAAGAGGACAGUGGUCCUAGUGACCCACAAGCUACAGUAUCUGCCACAUGCAGACUGGAUCAUUGCUAUGAAGGAUGGCACCAUCCAGAGGGAAGGCACGCUCAAGGACUUCCAGAGGUCUGAGUGCCAGCUCUUUGAACACUGGAAGACCCUCAUGAACCGGCAGGACCAAGAGCUGGAGAAGGAGACUGUCAUGGAGAGAAAAGUCACAGAGCCAGCCCAGGGUCUGCCGCGGGCCAUGUCAUCAAGAGACGGUCUCCUGCAGGAUGAGGAAGAGGAGGAAGAGGAGGCAGCCGAGAGUGAGGACGAGGACAGCCUGUCGUUGGUGCUGCACCAGCGCGCCAAGAUCCCGUGGCGAGCCUGCGCCACGUAUCUGUCAUCCGCCGGUGUCCUGCUCCUGUCGCUGCUUAUCUUCUCCCAGCUGCUCAAGCACAUGGUCUUGGUGGCCAUUGAUUACUGGCUGGCCAAGUGGACGGACAGUGCCCUGACUCUGAGCCCUGUGGCCGGGAACUGCUCGCUCACACAGGAGUGCUCCCUGGGCCAGACUGCCUAUGCCAUGGUGUUCACAGUGCUCUGCAGCCUAGGCAUCGUGCUCUGCCUCGCCACAGCUGUCACAGUGGAGUGGACAGGGCUGAAGGUGGCCAAGAGGCUGCAUCGCAGCCUGCUGAACCAGAUCAUUCUGGCUCCCAUGAGGUUUUUUGAGACCACGCCCCUUGGAAGCAUCCUGAAUAGAUUUUCAUCUGACUGUAACACCAUUGACCAGCAUAUCCCAUCCACCCUGGAGUGUCUGAGCCGCUCUACCCUGCUCUGCGUCUCAGCCCUGGCCGUCAUCUCCUAUGUCACACCUGUGUUCCUCGUGGCACUCUUGCCCUUGGCCAUCAUAUGCUACUUCAUCCAGAAAUAUUUCCGGGUGGCAUCCAGGGACCUGCAGCAGCUUGAUGACACCACCCAGCUCCCACUGCUCUCACACUUUGCUGAAACCGUGGAAGGCCUCACCACCAUCCGGGCCUUCAGAUACGAGGCCCGGUUCCAGCAGAAGCUCCUUGAGUACACAGACUCCAACAACAUUGCCUCUCUCUUCCUCACGGCUGCCAACAGAUGGCUAGAAGUCCGCAUGGAGUACAUUGGCGCAUGUGUGGUCCUCAUCGCGGCCGUGACCUCCAUCUCCAGCUCCCUGCACAGGGAACUCUCUGCCGGCCUGGUGGGCCUGGGCCUCACCUACGCCCUAAUGGUCUCCAACUACCUCAACUGGAUGGUGAGGAACCUCGCGGACAUGGAGAUCCAGCUGGGGGCUGUGAGACGCGUGCACGGGCUCCUGAGAACCGAGGCGGAGAGCUACGAGGGGCUGCUGGCCCCGUCGCUGAUCCCAGAGAACUGGCCGGACCGAGGGGAGAUCCGGAUCCAGAACCUGAGCGUGCGCUACGACCGCGCCCUGCGGCCGGUGCUGAGGCAUGUGGACGCCCUCAUCUGCCCGGGGCAGAAGAUUGGGAUCUGUGGGCGCACAGGCAGUGGGAAGUCCUCCUUCUCUCUUGCCUUCUUCCGUAUGGUGGACAUGUUCGAAGGGCACAUCAUCAUUGACGGCAUCGACAUCGCCAAGCUGCCGCUGCAUACUCUGCGCUCACGCCUCUCCAUCAUCCUGCAGGACCCUGUCCUCUUCAGUGGCACCAUCCGAUUUAACCUGGAUCCAGAGAAGAAGUGCCCCGACAGCACACUGUGGGAGGCCCUGGAGAUAGCCCAGCUGAAGCUGGUGGUGAAGGCACUGCCAGGAGGCCUCGAUGCCAUCAUCACAGAAGGUGGGGAGAAUUUCAGCCAGGGCCAGAGGCAGCUGUUCUGCCUGGCUCGGGCCUUCGUGAGGAAGACCAGCAUCUUCAUAAUGGAUGAAGCCACAGCUUCCAUCGACAUGGCCACGGAAAACAUCCUCCAAAAGGUGGUGAUGACAGCCUUCGCAGACCGCACUGUGGUCACCAUUGCGCACCGCGUGCACACCAUCCUGAGUGCAGACCUGGUGAUUGUCCUGAAACGCGGCGCCAUCCUUGAGUUUGACAAGCCCGAGAAGCUGCUCAGCCAGAAGGACAGCGUCUUCGCCUCCUUUGUCCGCGCAGACAAGUGACCUGCCAGAGCCCAAGUGCCAUCCUAAAUGCCCCCUGCCCCCACCGCCUGCCUGGGUUUUCUAACUGUAAAUCACCUGUAAAUAAAGAGAUCAGCUGUUUCCUA